AUGCUCCGAUACUUAACGCAGGAAGAUUUUCGGGUCCUCAUUUCGGUUGAAAUGGGAAUGAAAAAUCAUGAAAUUGUUCCUGCACCUCUGAUUGCCUCCAUUGCUCAACUACAUCAUGGUGGAUGCUACAAGAUAUUACGGGAUUUAUGUCAACAUCGUUUGAUAUGCUAUGAACGAGGGAAAGGAUGUGAAGGUUAUCGUCUGACCAAUAGUGGUUAUGACUACCUUGCUUUAAAAGUUUUUGUCACUAGGAAUUCAAUUACUUCACUUGGAAACCAAAUUGGAGUUGGCAAAGAAUCAGAUAUUUAUAUUGUUGGAACAGAAAAUGAACAGCAGCAUGUUCUCAAACUGCAGAGGCUUGGAAGAACUUCAUUUCGUCAGCUGAAGAACAAACGUGAUUACCACCAGCAUCGACAAAGUGCAUCUUGGCUUUAUCUCUCUAGGAUUGCAGCCAUGAAAGAAUUUGCGUAUAUGAAAGCUCUCCAUGGUCGUAAAUUUCCUGUACCCAAACCAAUUGACUUCAACCGCCAUGCUGUUGUAAUGGAAUUAAUCGAUGCCUAUCCCUUGUCUCAGGUGAGAAAGAUUGCUGACCCAUCACCUGUCUACAAUGAUAUCAUGAAUUUGAUUGUGCGCCUUGCUAACUGUGGGAUCAUUCAUGGAGAUUUUAAUGAGUUCAAUUUGAUGAUUGAUGAUGACAGUAAUAUCACAAUGAUUGAUUUCCCACAGAUGGUAUCUGUCUCCCACUCCAAUGCAGAAUGGUACUUUAAUCGAGAUGUCAAGUGUAUCAGGGAUUUUUUUUUACGGCGAUUCAAUUAUGAAAGUGAAUUAUUUCCCACUUUUGCUGAUAUACAGCGUACAGAUUCUCUAGAUGUAGAGAUUGCUGCCAGUGGAUUUACAAAAGAUGUAGCUGAGCCAUUUGACUUGGUAAUGGAGGAGAUGCAUAUUUUGCAUAGUUCAGUUGCUGAAGACAACAAUGACAAUUCUCAUGACAGCCAGAACAAAGAUUUAUCUGACAAAAAUAAGUCCUCUAAGCAAGGGACAAGUGAUAAAUCUUUGAAUUUAUGUGAAGAACAGGGUCAAAAAAGAAUUAAAGAAGAAAUCUCAGAGCCAGAAGGCGCAGCUGACAAAGAAAAGUGGUGA